AUUACUUAAAAAUCAUACAAUGUGAUUUUCUGGAUUUUUGUUUUAGAUUCCGUCUCUCACAGUUGAAGUGUACCUAUGACAAAAAUUUACAGACCUCUACAUGCUUUGUAAGUAGGAAAACCUGCAAAAUCGGCAGUGUAUCAAAUACUUGUUCUCCCCACUGUAUGUUUGUUUCCCUAAAAUUAAGUAUUUGUGUGAUUUAAUGAGAUAAGACAUGUUUACAUUUGUGUAUUCAAUCCAACAUUUGAUGUAAACAGUCAGCAACUAAAUGCACAUAGUGUAUCUUUAAAUAGCGCAAUGCGGUUUUAUUGAAUGUUGCCCAUAGUGUCAUUGUGCCAUCCUGGUAGGUUCCUAAGGUGAGUCUCUCUCCCCUAGAUAUUUCGGAGGCUGUCCUCAGGUGUAUGCGGUCAAGCCGCCGGCUCCUGGUGGUCCUGAGCCCCACCUACCUGACAGAGAAGAGUGUCAGCCUGCUGGAGUGUCGCCUGGGCCUCUUCAUCCAGCUCACCUGCCAUGCCCACAUCAUCACCAUCCUUUACAGCCCCCUCCCGAGACUACUGGCCUCUUGCACUGAGGCCAAGCAGCUACGCCGCAGUACUGCCACCAUCACCUGGAGGGGACCCCAGUCGGAGUUGUCCACCUCUCGCUUCUGGAAGCGCCUGCGCCUGGCCCUGCCUGUGAGACCGCUGGCCCUGGGGAGGAGGCUCAUCGACAGCACAUCAUCCCACUCCGACCUGGCCACUUCUUUGGGCCAGCAGUGCCAGCCGCAGGAUGCCGCCGAGCCACAGAGACAGAGGGAUGGCAAGAGUGCUGCAGGCAACGGUGCCAGAGGCAGGGGGCGCAAGUGGAGGAUACAGAGGAUACAGGAGGCGCGCAGCAGGGAGAUGCUGAAGGCGGGACACGGUAAGAACUGUGGAGUGUGUGUGAGAGAGCCCCACGGCGUCUUGGGUAGGGCGGCUGUGAAGACCCAGCAUACACAUCAACCCACAGCAAACAGUAUCAGACCUGAGACCCAACCAAGACUUCAUCCAAGCAGCACAGAGACCCAACUAGGACUUCAUUCAAGCAGCACAAAAGCCCAACCAGGACUUCAUCAAAUCAGUACAGAGACCGAAACCAGAACUUCAUCCAAGCAGCACAAAGACCCAAGCGGGACUUGACCCUAAGAGUACUGAAACUCCAGCAGAACAACCACAUCCUUCGCCUAGCCAACCACAGAACUUUGACAACUGUGCGUGCGA